AUGAGUCAGGGAGCAGACGAAAGUGAGUCAUGGAGGGAGGAGAGCGAAGUAGACAUCACUGGAGAAGCGAGCGGCGACCGACCGAAAUCGUUCCCGCCCCAUACCUGGAGACCCGUGUAUCUGGGUUCGGCGGUCGGAGAUCCGUGCAACGAGACCGAAGUCUGCGAGCCGGCGGCGACCAUGUUGUGCGAUUUGCGUCACGAAGCCCCUUGCGAUGAAGCAACUGAAGUAUACUGCACAGAUCCUCUCAUCUGCAACAGGAGCAUGUGCAUUUGCGAGGACGCCAAACCAAAUGUCUUGUACAGAGAGUGUUAUUCCCAAUCCGGGCUGAACGAAUCCUGCACUUAUGAUGGAAAUUGCAUGCAUUUGGGAGGCAGUCAAGCAGCCAUAUGCAAAGAUGGAAGGUGCCAGUGUAAUCAUGACAAUGGGUUCUUCGAAGCGGACAGCACAUGCGCCGGGGCAGGCCAGUUGACGGGGGCCAUCCUCAUCCUCUUCGCCUGCACCCACUUGCCGGCCUGGCUCUCUUGA